GGAAAACCAAACCGAGAAUGGUGGCUGGCCACAACUUCUUGGGUGCCCUUUAUAUACCAUUGACACAGCAUGGGACAUUCCUGGAGGUAGGAACAGGGGUCACCGGUCUCUAUCUAUCUCAACAAGACAAGAUGAAGAGUUUGGUUGCCACUGUUAUCACACCAGAGCCUCUGCAUGAUGAAUUGGUUCAAUUAUCGAACUCCUACGAUGCUUUUAUUGGAAGUGUCUCAUCUAGAAACAUCAAAUCAUUGGUGAAAAACCUAGUCCAAGAUCCAGAGGUGUUCUUUGGUUCCAUAUUGCUGAGUAACCUGACGGCGUUAAUAGGAGAUAACUUGCCCCACGAGUUUGAGAAGCUCCUUGGGCAAGUCAUUCUCUUAGCCAAGGAGACCUACAUAGCUGCCCCUUCUACAGAUUCAUACACCUUAUCAUACAUGAAUACUUGGAAUGAUGUUCAGAAUCUAGCUGAGAGGGCGUGCUAUUCUGUUGACGUGAUUUGUGCGAUCUCCGCCGUGCAAAUGGAUUCUUUGGAUCUACCAGCUCUUACGAAGGUCACACUUAUCGAAGGUCAACGACCUUUGACCCGGAAGUAUUGCUGUGAUGAUUCUCAGGAGGAUUGUAGCAUGACAUAUAGAACGGUGAACGGGACUGAGGAUGUGAUAAUUGGUGAUUCUUACCUAGGGAAAGUCAGAUUUCAGAAAGCAGGUCUUCUCCUCAGCACCUUGCUCAAACUUAACCCCGUUGGAGCAAGUCUUGAGAAGCUGGUCGUUCCUCUGCUAGAGAUGGAUUUCAAUCCAGAGAGACUGGCAAGGAAUAUUCUUAUUGCAAAUAGAAAAGUUGUAAUACAUUCAGAGUUGCCUAGUUGCCAGCGAGCAGUUUUUGAGAAUGACAGAAUGCAGCAAGAAAGAAACAUUGCUGAUAUUGUUGGAGGAUUGGAGGAGAAGAAGUCUACAGAAACAAUGCUCGGAAACAAGGAGGUGCCUUUGAAGGGAUAUCAGCAAGAAAAAAAGAAAUAUAAGAAUGAUGGUCAAAAGACAAACUGGGUGAAAAAUGAGAAGUCACCAGAGAUACAAUCGUAUCAGAGCAACGAUCAAAAUUUGGUCAUGAAUAUGCAUACCAAGUAUGCAAGUGUGGACAGUGCAAAUCAGAAUAUGCAUGCUGUGCAUGCAAAUGAGGGAUUGAAUAUGCAUAAUGAAUAUGCAAAUGGAGAUGGAGGGGAGAGUGAAAAACUCUAUGUUCAGGGAGAUGAGAAGAGGCAAUCAGUGGAUGGUGUGGGGAAGAGUCAAAGUGCAAUAAUACACAACCAAAGAGCUUUCAAGAGUGUAGAUGAAUCAUUAAAGGUUCAUGAAGGAAAGGUACAAUUCACAGACAAUGAUUACGGACUUCAGCAGGAUUCAGUCCAACCACACAUAGAUAUGAAUAAUGUGGGACUGCACAAGGAGAUCGACAAUGUAAACACAAAUAUGAAUAAUAUGGGACUGCAGAAUGGGCUGAACCUUGCAGACAGGAAUUUGAACAACAUGGGACUAAACAAUGGAGUGCAGUUAAUGAAUCGUAGGAAGCGUGGUAGCGUUGGCUGGGAUGGAGACGAUGAAGCAGAACAGAGGCAGCUUGAGAGGCCAUUAGAAUGGGAGAGGGCCAGGGAGGAGUUGGACGGUUACCGAGGGGCGGGGCCGAUGAGGAGUCAGAUUGAUAUGGUGGCCGAUUUAUGGCAACGAGAAAAUGAUGAUGGCGCUGAGGCUAAAAGAAACCCAGAAGUUCCUGGGAGCAAUUGGGACAGAGUGAUGGACGUUAGAUCAUUCAACGAUCAGGCCUCAUCCAAGCUUGUUGCCAUGGGAAACCUCCUCCUGACCAGAGAUGAAGGUGACCCUCCAGUCCAAGAAAGAGGAUGGGAUCAGGUCAAACAAGAGAGGCAAGAUGAAGGUAGACUAGCACAUCAAGAGAGUGGUGUGGAAAGAAAGUCAUCGAACAGAAGAAACAAGAAGGCGGAUGAAGUGGGAGGAUCAAGAAACAUGGCUGACCAAAGAAGUUUUGAUGAGAUUUCCAACACCAAAGGUGGACAUCCUGGUGUGAUACCUCCAGGAAAUGCGCAGAACAGGAAAAGCUCCAUGAGCGAUAACUAUGGAGCUGAUUUGAAAGCAGCAGACGCAAGCAUCCGCAAGAGCGAUGUGCCUGUCAAGGGCAUAGCGAAGACCGAAAUAGGUGGCAGGUUUCCGAAGCAAAGGAGGAAAAAAUUCAGGCAGCCUUAUGAAAGGUUGCAAGGAAUCGUCAAAGAGGGGGAUCCGAAGAGUGUGGAUAAAAUGAUCGAUAGUAAACAAGCCCUGACGCCAUCUGGUCCGACUGCUGCAAGAAAAGCCACAGAGGUAGCUGGAGAAGAAGUUAAUCGUGAAAAGCACACGGUACUGCAGAUGGAUCAUUACCAACAGAGACAUAUUUUGCAGUACUAUGAUGAUGAUGUUGCCUACAAUGUCAAAGGGGAGAUGGAGUCAAAUGACAACACGCCGAUUGAAAUCCAACAGGAAAUCGAUGCUCAGCAGAAGAUGCUGGAUAUGGUUGCUAGGCAACAGGAACAAGGUGGAGAACCAACCUGGGAGGAGUUGGAGAGUAACGCGGAGGAGCAGAUUAAGGAGGAGAUUGGGGAGGAGAAUGGAGCCGGUGAUUACUAUUACGAUGAGAUGAAACAGGAUGUGAAGGGAAAGAACAUACCCCAAGAAGGGGAGGAAGGUUACUAUGGUAACGAAGCAGAGAAUACAAUACAGGAUGAGGGGAAGGACAACGAGGAGAUGGUGGAGAAGGAGGAUGGAUGGAGAGAAGUUUCAAGAAGCAGACAGGUGGGGGAAAACGAGGGAGAAGAUGGGGACAAGGAUGAGGAGGAGGAAAUUGGGAAGAUUCUGGAAGAGAUGGAGAGUAUGAAAGAGACAGAAGGAGAAAAGAUGUUUGACUCCAUGUGGCAAGUUCUCGAAACUGUCUUCCAAGAGGAGCAGAUGCAAGAAUUCAGCUUGAUGACUUAUGGGGGUAAAGAGCUGAGUUUGCUGAGCGCCAAAGUUUCCCGUUCAUUCCCAAAUGCAAGCAUCUUGACCAUCAUUCCAUCUAAGGAGGAUAGCCUCCUUAAAAACCACAGAAAGCUGCAGGAAUCCCUUCUUCUAACAAACAACAUCAUUGUCAAUGCUGAGCUAUCAAACAGGGUCGUGUUCAAGCUUUAUAAUCAGAUGGAGUAUUUCAAAUUCCAAGUCCUUGGCUUGGCAACAUUCCAGAAGCUCUUCUCGUACGGAGGUUCCUUCCCAUCAUUCCUUGGUCACGCUCUUUCUCUCGCUCAAACAACAUUCAUUGAAGUGCCUCAUCCAGUCACCUUAGCCUCCCUUCAAGUCUUACUACAUUCCACCAACAAGGAUGCUGCAGAGGGCUCUUCAUACAGUUUGUACAAGGGAUUCUUGAGUGCAUCUUUAAAAGAGGCUGGUGUCUUAGACUACAGCAUUACAGUACUUGACAAUGUCUACCUCGAGAAUCGUGCUAGGCUAGUCAGAGUGGACAUCUAUGCAUUCAAUAGACAGGUUUCCUUUGAUUGCCUUGGAUCUACUGCGUGGCUCAAACAAGACCCAUCUAAACCAAUCACCUUGAAUCCUCAUGGAUCAGCUGCUGCAGGGAAUUUCCCCAUUCAAAAAGUGGGCGGGGCAAUCCGACUUCAGUCCCUCCUAUCCCUAGGUCUCCAAACCCCUGAGAGAAAACUGUUAUUUAGGGAGUACCUGAAGCUGGCUGUGCAAAACGACAUGUGCCCCAUGGCCAUCCUAUGGCAGAGGGGUAGACUCAUUUACAGACCGAUCAUCGAUUAUACCAAUCCAGAAGAGAAUAUACCUUGCGCCAAUGAUAAGGAGGCACUUGUGGGGGUGCUGAUGAAACAACUGGAAAUGAGGCCGUUCUCUUUCAUGGAAUAUGGGAAAGGACAAGAUGGAUUGAGCAUGACAUUAUCAGCCAAGCACCCCAACAGUACGUUCAUAUUCGUAACUGGGUCUGGAAAAGAGGCUAAGAGAAGACAAGAUGAUCUCGUUCAGAGGAAUAUUACCAACGCUGUCGUUACCAGCAUCCUUGCUGAUAUGUCCUUUACCAGUAACCUCUUAUCGAGUCCAGAUUUCAUGCGAUACCAGUAUGUUGGUGUUGAUCACCUUUUGAAUAUGAUGACCUUGAACCAGCGGGCUAUGAUGAAAGCUAUGUUUGGUGAUAUUGUAGCAUCUGGAGUUACGACCUUCUUCCAGAUGCCUUCUUCUCAGAUGAUUUCCUUGGCUGUAUCUACUCUUUUCCCUGAAGCUUUCUGUGAUUUCACUGAAAGAAAAGGAAUGGAUUUAUUCCAAGCAAGGAACCACCCUCUUCCUGUAUUUAGAAAUUUUGAGCUCAGUUUUUUUAAAAAGAAUAUUGAACUACAAGCUGGACAGGUGAACUUAUCCGCUAGUGUGUUACACCCUGAAACAAACCAAGAUGGAUCUAAGCUAGGAUGGAGUAUGGUUCGAGUGGAUGUCAGACAGCUGUAUAUCAAGGUUGAUCAUCAUUUCAUGUAUAUCUUGGAUGGGCACAAGCGCAAGUACUCCUUACAUUGUACAUCGAAUGAGACCCACUAUGAGGUCUAUCUGGUCAGAGCUCAUGAUGGUUUCAAGAUUCCCUAUCAAGAGGUCAAAGGUAUUUCCUUGAUAGCCCUGUUGAGGAUGGGGUUACUCCGAGAUGUCAAAGAAAACUUCUACAAUCAAUUCUUGAAGCUACCGCUGUACGGUGACAUGGCUCCAUGGAAUAUAUGUAAGUUUCUACCUCUCAUAAUUACCAUGGGAACCAAUAAUUCCUGUUUCUGUUAUUCUCGCAGUGUCUUUUUAAAAAAUGAUGUAGAUUCUGAUGAUAGACAUAGGCUAACACAACAAAGGUCUUAUUUGAUGUUGUAUUUAAUAUUGUUAAUUUGGAUGAAAAAAAAACCCAGCUAGGAAGAAAAAAAAAGAAUUGUCCUGACACUUUCAAUAUAUAUUUUGUGAGUGUGUAAGUCAUAUAUUAACUGUUAGGGAAAGCAUCCAUAUUGUAUUGGCAGCGUGCACCCCGCGAGCGUACGCCUGCACACUCUAAGACGGGAUAAUAGCGUCGGCCAGCGGCAGCUAGCUGCGAUAAUUAAAGCACAAUAGAACUCACAUCCGCUCUCGCAGCUCCCCCUGUGCUUGCUGCCGCUCGCUGCCAUACUUUAUAAUCCAUUUGAUUAGAGAUUUAAUCCCCAGCUCGCUGCAUCUAGCGGCAGCUCGCUGCCGCUAGCUGCGCUGUAGAUAUCUCAAGCGCUGCCGCUGCUCCCCAUUUCUAUCAAAAUUCACUAAGGCAAUCUCACGUACCCCGCGCCGGCCACGGCUAGCCUUCAAUUCGGCGGCUCGCUCUGGAAUGUAGACCCAGAAUGAAGAGUUAACAUAUACGUCGUGGUGCCUGUACUAGCUAGUUCCACUUGUCGUGAUGUUUAACUUCAAUUUAUUAUUUCUAAAAGCAUGACAAUGAAAGGCGUUCCUCUUUUAUGUCCGUAGCAAAACAUGCAUGCAAGCACGCUCUAUAUUGGAAACGACUACAGCUAGCUAGUAUAUGCUCGGCCGCAUCGUGUCGCAUGAUGGCGACCGAGUACAGAUAAACAUCCAAGUGCGCACGAUGUGAAUAUGACAAAAAUUCUCGAUCUCGAUAGUUUCCCUUGUCAACUAACUGAACUGAAAAUUAACACCACCGAUAGAAAUACUGCCGAUUUCGAAAAUGUUGCAGCUUGCGAAUUGAGAUUGACACGGAAGAUUCACACAUGAAAAAUAAGUUGAAUUAAUGACCUUUUUAACGUAUGAUUUGGGGCAGGAUACAGUGGCGUACCUAGGAUUUUCCACAGGGGGGCAAAACGAUCCGCAAAAAAAUUUG